ACCAACUAGAAUUGUGUGGAAGAUUUUACGUGGAAGAGAAGAGAAGCGAAGCGAAGUUGAUCGAAGAAUUGGAAGAAUGGGGUGGGUGUGGAAGGACGACGAACCAGACGAGAGCAAUUCAUCCGCCGGAGACGUCAGUGAUAGCCGGAACCCUAGGUCCAGCGACCGGUGCUCCACCAGGAAGGUGGUGAAGUCGCAGUGCAGAACGGAGGAGGUGGAGCCCGGAAAGUUCAUCAGAAAGUGCGAGAAAACUGAGGAGCUUCUCAGGGAAUGCGUUGGCAAGCCUGUUGAAGUGAUGCAGUCCAACAAAGAAUACACUGAAGAUGAUGUCACAGAUGAGGUGCUUAAAGGGUCUCUCUCUUUUGGGUCAUCAGAGCAUGGGGCAUUGGAUUUCCCUGGGUUACGGAGUGAUAUUGAAGCCAUAGAACGUAGCUUCCUUGGUGGGCUCAACAGUUUCUUUGAAGCAGCUGAAGAGAUGAAGAAAGGUUUCUUUGGUGCGUUUGGGGGUCCAAGUCUGUUUGAUGGGGAGCCUUCAUCUUCACCGCCUACGAGGCGAGGGAAUCCUUCAUCUUCACCGUCUAUGAGACGAGGGAUACCUAUUGAGGAUAAAGCCUUUCCAACUGAGGCCGAGUCAGGAAAUGUUGAUAUUGCAGGAUUGGCAAAAGAUGUUUGAAGUACACUAACUGUGGAUCAUCAAGUUGCUGGUUGAUGGGCUGCUAGGAUUCACUAAUUUGAAAGGUCAAGCAUGCAUCAAUACUUUUGCUGAGUUAUCUUGCGAUUGCAGAGGUACGGCUACAAAUGAAGAAUAGAAAAGGGGGGGGGUCUAAACUUGUAUGGAUUAUAAAUUUGACUAUAAUUAGUUGGGCUGAGUUCUGAUUGGAUUUUAGGCCCCAAGGCGGGCCAGUUUCUGUCAAUAAUAAUCCUGCUAAAUAGAAGAUAACACUUGAUGUUGGACCGGAA